AUGUCCUCCCUAUCGUCAUCACGCGAUACCAUAAAAAAGCAGCCGCCAGACUUCUCAAGCCUGCAAUGGCACGAGCUUCCGCCCGAAGUUAGAAUUAAGGACUUCUAUGGUGGGAAGAAAUGGGGUUGGGUUGUUUACCGGUGCUCCUACGACAAAGAGCUCGAUACCCGCUGGGAGGACCUCAAACGACGUAUACUAGAGAACUUGCGUAAGCAGGUCGCCGCGUCGCACGUGCCACCGCUCAUCAAUACCAUGGAUUUUAUCUUUGUGGAAGAUCCAGCCCUCGAAGGCGCCACGAAUGACGAGUUACGGGCUCGUUUCCAGGCCUGGGUGCCCCAGGACUGUCCACCCUGGCGACCAGAGACAUGGAGGUGGGAAAAUUCGAGACAUGAUUUCUUUCUCAAGGUCGACGGCGACCUGUUGCACGAAGGCAACGUAGGUCUCAUUCAGGGAUGGAUACUUGAACCGCGACCCGAAGAUUGUCGCGACGAGGACGAUAUGGACCCCGAGGAUUGGUUCAAGGUGCGCAUCGACGAUGUUGGCAUUCAUCUCUAUGAUGAACUGGAUACUACCGAGAAUUAUUACCAUGUUCGUUCGCCGCCGGAAACGGGGCCGGUGCCUUUGUACAUGUAUUGA